AGGCGGAGUGUAUGAGAGAGUGUGUUGGACAGCUGGUUGGGUGUGUGUGUUGCUAACGGUAGCUCCCUUGGCCACUAAUUUGCUCUCUAGGGGCACUGCACUCGCUCUCAACUCCCUCUAAAGCUUGCCCAGGUCAAGUGCGUGAGUGAAGCAUUUUGUGAGAUGCGCACCAAUUCAAACACAGGAAGAGAACGAUUCACUACCUCGAGAAAAGUUUGAACUAAUCGGUUGAGUGAUCAGCUGACAAUGUCCUUUUCACUGGAGGCCGAGAUUUCCCCAUGGCAAAUCCAAACUCACCCUGUCAGUGGCAAACUACCACCAAACUACCACCUGCGCAAACCAGCAAACACUAGCCAGGAGCGGAGGGACCUCAGGAGCGUCCCACCAGCCCGGUGAUUGCCACCCAUCUCCGUGUACCUCUCAGUGAAGACAACUGGUGUUGAUCACUGACCAACACCAGCUGGGAAGCCACCAAGUGGGCGUCACGCAGCAGGAUACACACGCACCCUUCUCCACACCAGCAACCUAUCGUGGUAACCCCCUGGUGCCAGUUACCACACCGGGCAUCUCCAGGUACCCCUCCUGGUGCCAGUUACCACACCAGGCAUCUCCAGGUAACCCCCCUGGUGCCAGUUACCACACCGGGCAUCUCCAGGUACCCCUCCUGGUGCCAGUUACCACACCGGGCAUCUCCAGGUACCCCUCCUGGUGCCAGUUACCACACCGGGCAUCUCCAGGAACCCCCCUGGUGCCAGUUACCACACCGGGCAUCUCCAGGUACCCCUCCUGGUGCCAGUUACCACACCGGGCAUCUCCAGGAACCCCCCUGGUGCCAGUUACCACACCGGGCAUCUCCAAGUCACACUCUUACCCUUCGGCCACUUAUUAAAAACCCUCAAAAUUACAAGCUGUCGAAUUAGUGAACACUUCACUCCUGCAGCACGCUUAAACAAAUUAUUUCGUCACUGAUUUUUUUUAAUUAACCAACAAUAAUAUGAGUAUCGCAACACUCCUCUGAGAACUAAAGGGUGAGAUCAUUGCGAGCAUGGCGGAGGAUGGAGGCCUGAGGCGAGCGGCCGGCCAGGCCCUCCUCAUGAUAAGGGGAAGGAUCCUGCAGGAACUACAGUACACACGAGGCUCUGGCCAAGAAUCGCGAGGUGGCAUCAAGAAUGUAGAACAAUAUGUCGGUGGGGAAGAGAAAGAAAAGUUACAUGGGGACGCAAUAUGUUGUGAAGAAAUUAUGGAAAACAAGACAUUGGGUGCGAAUAAGACCACGAGCAGCAAACUAGCAGAUGUUAAGUGUAGUGAAAAGGGUGUUUCAACCGCCGAGAAACUAGCGAGGGUGGAGGAGAGAGUGUUGCCUGGUGGUGUGGAGGUAGGUGUAGUGGGCAGGUGGGCGAGUGAGACGCUGGCGAGGCUCCUGCAGGUGGUAGCCUCGUCCUCAGUGGCAGCGUCCCCCGGGUCUUCUCCUCCAGCUGAUGAUCACAUCCUCGCCAACGCUCUUCUGGAUUACUCCUGGCAGAAGCUCAAUACAGGUCACUGGAAAGAUGUUGAUCUUUCUUGGAGGUGGGUGUUCACCUGGGGCAGUUUAGCAUUGGUGGGCCUCCUCUUGCUGCGUCUCCAAGUUGCGUCUGGUGCUCAUUCAGCCUCACACACCAGUGCCUACCUGGCAGCAGCUGAUGUGGUGCGGGCAUGUGACCGCGGACUGCUGAUGGGCGCUCCUGUCGACGACAACCCUCUCCAUUCCACAGCUGCCGCUCUAAAUACUUACGCUCGGCUGGCGAGGGCUGGAGCAGCUGAAGACGAAGGUGAAGAUGGUGCCUCCAUCACUCAACAGGAUGCCGCCAGCGUGACAAGUCCGCUCCCUUCGGUUCACUGUCCACCUCUGGACAGAUUCUUGCUGCACUACAUGACCGCUGGAGUGCCCGUUAAGCUGCUUGGUGUUGUCGACCACUGGCCUGCCCUCAACUUGUGGAAUAUACCUUAUCUUCGACAAAUCGCUGGGGCGCGCAUUGUGCCCGUAGAGGUGGGUGCUCGCUACACCGACCUCACUUGGUCCCAAGCACUAAUGACCCUAGACGACUACCUUACAACAUAUGUGACGCACCACACUCCCAGCACUCCGAUCGGCUACCUUGCCCAGCACCAGCUGCUGGACCAGGUGCCACAGCUGCAAGACGACAUCUUGGUGCCUGACUAUUGCCAUCUGGGCGAGGACCCUCCCCGCCUGCACGCCUGGCUGGGGCCACGGGGCACUGUCAGUCCACUACACCAUGACCCAGACCACAACAUUCUUGUUCAGGUGAUGGGUUAUAAGUACAUUCGCUUGUACGGGGAGGAGCAGAGUGGCCUGGUGUACCCUCACGCGGACCCCUUGCUGGCCAACACCUCCCAGGCCGACGUGGAGGGCCCCCUGGAGGAGUGGCCACUCCUGCAGCGGGCCCAGUACCAUGACCUGGUGCUGGGUCCCGGCGAGGCUCUGUACAUCCCACCUCGCUGUUGGCACUACGUCAGGUCGCUCUCUACCUCCUUCUCCGUCUCCUUCUGGUGGACCUGAGAGGCCUGACCUGCUGCUGACAAGAUGAAACAGGUGUUAUUAAGUCUCGUGUCCUUGUUGAUGAUGAUGAUGCUUGUAUUCACAUGUUGACUUAUAUGGUGUCAUUUAGUUGCAUGUAAUUCUCAAUAAAAUUUGAACAUGCCUCAGUUUUUUAUCAUUAUUAAGUCAUAUGAGACACGGUAGUGUUGUACGGUGUUUCCUUAAAAAUAAAUUUUAAAAAUUAGUUUUGGGUAGGUUAUGGACUUGCAAUGAUAACGAGCCACAUUUUUUGUGCGUGUAUUGGAUACCAGUUUUAUCAGGCGAUUUGUAUGUGCUGUUAUCUCUCCCUCCCUCACCAUGGGACCACUGAUAACGUCUGCUCUCUCUUCAUGAGCCAGCUAGUGACUCCCAUUCCCUGUAUGGGAUGGAUAGUAACUCCCCUUUCUCCUAGAUGGUCCCGGCUAGUACCUCGUCCUCCCUCUUACCUUACCAGCAGUAGCUGGUAAGUCUUCCCUUUACAUAGGCAGCGUGGUAAUACCCUUCCUCUAAAUGGCCCAAAUUGUAAUUACCAUUUACCAUCCACCAGGUGAUGGUAGGUGGCA